CUCAACUUCCUCACCCUGUCCCCCCUCUCCGUCCCCUCCGCCCACGAUGCCCAACCCGCGCAUCGGCCUAGCAGUCUUUCUCCUCUCUCCCCAGGGCUACAUCCUACUCGGUAAACGUCGCGGUUCUCACGGAUCUGGCAGCUUAGCAUUACCCGGUGGUCACCUCGAAUGGAACGAAUCAUGGUCGGGCUGUGCGACUCGCGAGGUAGAGGAGGAGACGGGUCUCUCCCUUUCUCACACGCCGGAGUUUCUUACCGCGGUCAAUACUACAGGGAUCGAUGCUGCGCCAGGUGGGCACGAGGAGGAUGGAGGGCUACACUACGUUACCAUCUUCAUGCUCUCCCCCGUCAACCGAUCUCAAGUAGACGAGGUGCGCCUGACCGAACCGACCAAAUGCGAUGGGUGGAGAUGGGUUCCUCUUUCCUACCUCUUUUCCCUCUUCCACGGUCAGGAGGCUCUGGAGCGAUUAGCGUCGAGUAGUCGACAGCAAGGUAGCGAGUUGGGGGUUUCGAUGGAGAAGCUUUUGAUGGCUGAGCGAUUGGGUGAGAGGAUUGGGAGGGAUGCUGGUAGGGAGGAGGUGGGACAGAGUGAGGGGGGAGAGACGGACGUUGUACUCGUUGCUGGAGGGGAGGAGGUGCAGCAGCUGCAGCAGAGACGCGGUAGUUUGGGGCCCCAAGACGACGAGGAGCAGGUGGUUUGGGCACUCGCUGAUGAUCUAUUCAGGGGAGCAGGCCUCUUCAAGCCCAUGAUGACCGUCUUGCGCGAGAGGGGCGAGCUAUUACGCACAAUGCUCCGUGCUGCGGAAAGGGAUGGAGAAGCGGAUCGAAGCAGAUCAACAAGCGCCGUCGCCGCAGCAACAGCAGCGUCCCCCCUAUCCCCGCAUCAACGCUCCGUCCGCCUCGCCCCGAACAUCUUCCCCAGCGACGCCACCGACGUAAUAAAUGCGGCCCUAUCCGCCCCUCCUCACCUCAAGCACUCCCUCCUCUUCCACUUCCCCGUCCCCACGCCCCUCAUUGCAUCCAACAUAGUCUCCGUCCUGUCGGUGGACAAACCACUUCGGCCCCGGGACACGCGCAUCGUUUACGAAGCCGCGAGGAUGGAAGAGCAAGGUGGGGCCCCCUGCGUGAGGGUGAAGGUGGAGACGAGCACUGUGAGGCUAUUGAGAUUGACGGGGAAUGCCGUCUGUGAGGAUGUUGCCCUGGUAGUCAGGACUAUGCAGGCUUUUCCCGGCAAGGCGAGCGCGGGGUUGCAGCAGAAGUUGAGAGGUACGGCGGGGGUAGGAGAGGAGAAGAUUGUGUUCGAGGAGGGGACUGUGGGGACUGUGGAGAGGACGAUUGCGUGAGAAGAACGAGGUGCCGGGUGUGGUGGGAGUGGGAGCGAUGUUGGAUGAUGAUGCUGAUGAAUGGUGUAUUAUACAAUGCGAAAGAAACAAAGAUGCA